UGGGCAGACGCCCCCCAAUCGGCUGCGCGGCUGGGCCGGUGGGACUGCAUAUGUAAAGCCCUACUUCAUAUUAAUAAGCUCCAAUCGGGGCUUUAAGUCCUUGAUUAGGAGCGUGUGAGAGCUUUGGUCCCAACUGGCCGUGCCUGUAGGCUUGUCACUAGGAGAACAUUUGUGUUAAUUGCACUGUGCUCUGUCAAGGAAACUUUGAUUUAUAGCUGGGGUGCACGCAUAAUGGUUGCCGGUCGCACAUGGAUUCGGUAGAACUUUGCCUCCCUGAAUCUUUUUCCCUGCACUACGAGGAAGAGCUUCUCUGCAGAAUGUCAAACAAAGAUCGACACAUUGAUUCCAGCUGUUCGUCCUUCAUCAAGACGGAACCCUCCAGCCCGGCCUCCCUGACGGACAGCGUCAACCACCACAGCCCAGGUGGCUCUUCCGACGCCAGUGGGAGCUACAGUUCAACCAUGAAUGGCCAUCAGAACGGACUCGACUCGCCACCUCUCUACCCUUCUGCUCCGAUCCUAGGAGGCAGUGGGCCUGUCAGGAAACUGUAUGAUGAUUGCUCCAGCACCAUUGUUGAAGACCCCCAGACCAAGUGUGAAUACAUGCUCAACUCGAUGCCCAAGAGACUGUGUUUAGUGUGUGGCGACAUCGCUUCUGGGUACCACUACGGGGUAGCCUCAUGUGAAGCCUGCAAGGCAUUCUUCAAGAGGACGAUUCAAGGUAACAUAGAAUAUAGCUGUCCUGCCACGAACGAGUGUGAGAUCACAAAGCGCAGACGUAAGUCCUGUCAGGCUUGCCGCUUCAUGAAGUGCUUGAAAGUGGGCAUGUUGAAGGAAGGGGUGCGUCUUGACAGAGUACGCGGCGGUCGGCAGAAGUACAAGCGCAGAAUAGACGCGGAGAACAGCCCAUACCUGAACCCUCAGCUGGUUCAGCCAGCCAAAAAGCCAUGCUUCUCCACACUGUCCCUGGCGGACCAGAUGAGCCUCCUGCAGAGUGCGUGGAUGGAAAUUUUGAUCCUGGGUGUCGUAUACCGAUCUCUUUCAUUUGAGGAUGAACUUGUCUAUGCAGACGAUUAUAUAAUGGAUGAAGACCAGUCCAAAUUAGCCGGCCUUCUUGACCUCAAUAAUGCCAUCCUGCAGCUGGUAAAGAAAUACAAAAGCAUGAAGCUGGAGAAAGAAGAAUUUGUCACCCUCAAAGCGAUCGCUCUUGCUAAUUCAGACUCCAUGCACAUAGAAGACGUGGAGGCCGUCCAGAAGCUUCAGGAUGUCUUGCACGAGGCCCUGCAGGAUUAUGAGGCCGGCCAGCACAUGGAAGACCCUCGCAGGGCUGGCAAGAUGCUGAUGACGCUGCCCCUGCUGAGGCAGACCUCCACCAAGGCCGUGCAGCAUUUCUACAACAUCAAACUAGAAGGCAAAGUCCCCAUGCACAAACUUUUUUUGGAAAUGCUGGAGGCCAAGGUCUGACUAAAAGCUUCCUGGGCCUUCCUAUCCUGCACGCCGCAAAAGGGAAAAGAAACCCAAGAGUGAUGUCGAAGAAACUUAGAGUUUAGUGUAACACCAUAAAAAAUCAACAAAGACUGCACUGAUGACUUAGCAGCAAGACUCCGAAGCAGCUUUCAGAGUUCUCCAUCUCUCCCUGCCGAAUUUCUUUCUACCUGAUCUCAUCCUUUCCUUAUUUCUCUCCCUCUCUUUUAUUUUAUUUUUCUCACCUCGUCAUGCCUCCUCUCCAUUUCUUGGCUUCCUUUUGAUUCCUGGUUUCCUCUAUUUCUCAUUUCCUUCUCUUUCUUCCCUUCGUUCCUCCCUCCCUUCCUUCUCAAUUUUAAAUAGCUCUCGUUGUUAAGAAAUUUUUUUUUUCUUCCUUCCUUCUGCUGCUGAACUUUUCAAAGAGGUCUCUAAUGGAAGAGCAUAGGAAGCCAGCCCUGCCAAAGGAUGGAAAUCCAUAAUAUGGAUGCCACUGAACUUAUUGUGAACCAGAAUGUCCCCAGUGACUAAGGAAUCAAAGACAGAGCCACUGCACCUACAGUACAGUGCGAUGUCGACGAAUUGACUGAGAGCAGUAUUAGAUUUCAUGGGAGCAGCCCCUAAUUAGACAACUUAAGAACGCUGCUGCUUGUCAUCGCUUUUCCAUCUAGAUCAGUUAUAGCCAUCUGAUUCCUUAAUUGUUUUUUCAAGUCUUCCAGGUAUUUGUUAGUUUAGCUACUAUGUAACUUUUUCAGGGAAUAGGUUAAGCUUUAUUCAUUCAUGCAAUACUAAAGAGGAAUACGAAUACUGCGAUUGUGUGCUGGCUUUGAACAAUGAUGAACACUAAUCAAUGAAGGACAAAUGAAUCCUGAAGGAAGAUUUUUAAAAAAAUGUUUUGUUUCUUCUUACCAAUGGAGAUUUUUUUGUACCAGCUUUACCACUUUUCAGCCAUUUAUUAAUAUGGGAAUUUAACUUAAGCAAUAGUUGAAGGGAAGGUGCAUAUUAUCACGGAUGCAAUUUAUGUUGUGUGCCAGUCUGGUCCCAAGCAUCAGUUUCUUACCAUGAGCUCCGGUUUACCUAAACGCUCACCGGCACAAAGGAUUUGAUUACACCUGCAGUGACUCCACGUAGUCACGUACGUACGUGCUGCACAUGGAAUCCAGGCCCGUAGAAUUUCAGGAGUCACCUCUACCUGGGAGGUACAGUUGCCAUAUGAUUUCUAGCUGCCACGGUGGUUAGGAACGAGUUACUGCCUGUUUGCAAAGUUACAAACCUUGUCCCCGAGGAGCUGUGAGCCAGUAUUCAUUUCAAAGGCAAUAAGGCAAAUGCCCGAAUUUGAACAACAACAACAACAAAUCAUCCAAGCCGACAGACGUCUGACCAAAUUCUAAAACCUAUGUAUAUGAGUUGAAUCAUUUAGGGAUGUUUGUUUAAAUUAAUCGGCAGAUUUUUACCAAGAGCAAAGCCAAUGUAUCUGCUUUUCAACCAGUCUUGUCACAGCAAGAGUGUCAGUCAGGUUCCCGACUGUUAAGAGGUGUAAUCUAAAGAAGCAAUCAAUUAGACGCCCCCGAAAUCUAGAGUCGCUGAAUAACCAAUAAACAGUACCCUCCAUCCAAUGCUAUCCCAACGGACCAGUGUUAGUAGCUGCUCCCUGUACUAUGUGAACAGUCAUAUUCUAUGUACACAGAUGUAAUUAAAACUGUAAUCCUAACAAACAAAAGAAGUGUAGUUCAGCUUUUCAAUGUUUCAUGUUUGCUGUGCUUUUCGGAACUUUAUGUUGCAUUCUAAGAUUGUCGUCUUGUUCUUCUUGUGGUGUUUGGAUUCUUGUGGUGUGUGCUUUUAGACACAGGGUAGAAUUAGAGACAAUAUUGGAUGUACAAUUCCUCAGGAGACUACAAGUAGUAUAUUCUAUUCCUUAACAGUAAUAAGGUUCUUCCUAAUAAGAAUUAAGAGAUCAAAACUCCAGACACGUACUCAUCACGAACAGAUAUACAUCGAAAUCAUAAUAAUAUUUUCAAAACAAGGAAUCAUUUCUUUAAUGGUUUAUUAUAGAAUACCAAUGUAUAGCUUAGAAAUAAAACUUUGAAUAUUUCAAUAACAUAGAUAAGUCUAAUUUUUAAAUGCUGUAUAUAUGGCUUCCACUCAAUCAUCUCUCAGAUGUUGUUAUUAACUCGCUCUGUGUUGUUGCAAAACUUUUUGGUGCGGACACGUUUCCAAAACUAUUGCUACUUUGUGUGCUUUAAACGAAAUAUCCUGGGUUGAUGUUACAUCAGCCUCAUGCUAGGAAUACUGUGUAUCUAUCAUUAGCUAUAUGGGACUAUAUUGUAGAUUGUGGUUUCUCUGUAGAGAAGUGACUGUAGUAUGAUUCUAGAUAAAUCAUCAUUAGCAAUUCAUUCAGAUGGUCAAUAACUUGAAAUUUAUAGCUGUGAUAGGAGUUCAGAAAUUGGCACAUCCCUUUAAAAAUAACAACAGAAAAUCCAACUCCUGGGAAAAAAAAAGGUGCUGAUUCUAUAAGAUUAUUUAUAUAUGUAAGUGUUUCAAAAGAUUAUUUUCCAGGAAGUCUGUGCAGGGUUUAAGUUGCUACUGUUCAACCACAUUAUAUAGAACUAAAAAUAUAUACAAUAUAUGCAUUGUUUUUACUGUAUCACAUUAAAGUACUUGGGCUUCAGAAGAAAGAGCCAAUUGACUAAAAACCUGAGAUGGAGAUAUGUCAAAAGAAGGAAGUACAAUUGUUUAGCUUUCAGUUUAAGUAAAACAAGGAUCAUAUAAAUAGGAAACACGACUAACGUGAAGGCCUAAAGAACUGUAGGAGCUUUAGGGUACAUGCUCCCCUUAAACCUCGCUUGAGGUAAGUUGUUUCAAGUUUCAAGCAAGACCAUUUACUUAAUGUGAAGUUUUGGGAAAUUAUAAAGGUGUAUGUUUUAGCCACAUGAUUUUAAUUUUAAUUUUGCUUCUUUUCGGUUUGUUAUUUAAAGCAAUAUGAUUGUGUGACUCCCUGCAGUUACACUUGUGUUUCAAUCAGAUCAGAUUGUUGUAUUUAUUCCACUAUUUUGCAUUUAAAUGAUAACAUAAAAGAUAUAAAAAAUUUAAAACUGCUAUUUUUCUUAUAGAAGAGAAAAUGGGUGUUGGUGAUUGUAUUUUAAUUAUUUAAGCGUCUCUGUUUACCUGCCUAGGAAAACAUUUUAUGGCAGUCUUAUGUGCAAAGAUCGUAAAAGGACAAAAAAAAAAAUUAAACUGCUUAUAAUAAUCCAGGAGUUGCAUUAUAGCCAGUAGUAAAAAGAAUACUAAUAAUACUAAUAAUAAUAAAACCAUGUCUAUAGCUAUAGAUGGGCUUCACAUCUGUAAAGCAAUCAAUUGUAUAUUUUUGUGAUGUGUACCAUACUGUGUGCUCCAGCCAAUGUCCAUUUGUGUAAAUGUAUUUAUUUUAUAUUGUAUAUAUUGUUAAAUGCAAAAAGGAGAUAUGAUUCUGUAACUCCAAUCAGUUCAGAUGUGUAACUCAAAUUAUUAUGCCUUUCAGGAUGAUGGUAGAGCAAUAUUAAACAAGCUUCCACUUUUGAUCGCU